AUGUUUGUGUAUGAACGCAGGCGUCUUCUUGUCAAGAAAGAAGGCCCUCGCGACAAAUCAUCCAUUCAUGUCCGCAAUGUCAACAUCAGUGGCACGACAGGCACGUCUAUGACAGAGUCCGAAAGCGAGAUCCCCACACUGUCGCCUGGCUCGGAGAAGCUGCUCAUCACGAUCGGUGCUGCUGUCAAGGCCAUCGCUUUCGCACCCUGGCAAUCGACUCUUGUUGCAGCAGGCGGCGGUAGCAGCGAUCGUUGCAUCCAUUUCUACCAUGUUCCAUCUGGAGCUAAACUCGCAACGAUAGACUGUCACGCUCAAGUCACGAGUCUGGUGUGGAACAAGAAACGGAAAUGUCUGGCAGCAACGUUUGGGUUCGCACAGCCUGAGCAUAAAGUGAGAGUGGCGGUCUUUGCUUGGCCGAGCUGUGAGCUCAAGGUAAGUAUCCCCUGGGCUGGAGAAGAGAGGGCUCUGUGGGGAGUCGAAUGGGAGGGCGGGUUGGUGGUCGCCAGCAGUGAUGCAAGUAUCAAAUUUCAUGAGAUAUGGGGUGAGGAUAUAGGGUCACGGGUAGGAGGUGUGCUGGGUGGAAGCCCGAUAUUGGAGGAUGGCGUCAGUGGGGAGUUGGAGAGGAUUGGAUGCAUCCGAUAG